UCCUUCCUUAUCAAAAAAUUCCAUCUGCUUUAAUUGGGUGUUCUUCUUUUCUCCACUUUGAAAAUCUCUGUAUUGCUGUGAAGCAUUUGUGUAGAAUGGCAGAAUUUGUUGCAAAUGCUUCUCUGGAAAUCCUUCGUGAUUUGCUGGUUGAAGAAACUAAGUUUUUGCUUUGUGUGGGUGGUGAUGUUGAGAAAGUCAAAGCAGAUCUGAGAAGCAUCCAUGCCUUGUUGAUGAGAGCUGACAGAGAUAGAAGCAAUUCUCCAACUCUAAAGCUUUACAUUUCCCAACUCAAAGAUCUUGCUGAAAAAGCUGAGAAUCUGCUUGAAACGUAUGCCUUUGAAGUCCAAUCCAAAAGGGAAGAAGGGCGGAGGAGCCUCAAGGAUAAAUUCAAAAGGUACAUUUGCAUCAUGUGUGAGUGCUACAGUGUCCACAAGGUUGGGAAAGAGGCUCGCCACAUAAUAUCAGCCCUGGCCGAGCUCACUAACAAGUUAGAGUCGGAGUUGGGACAAGAAAGCUCAUCUCUCUCGAGGCAGGGAGAUGAUGAGCGGCAGCGCAUGUUGAGGCAGACGUAUGGUCAUGAGAUUGAUCGUGAUUUUGUGGGAAUGGAGAAAGACAUCGAGCUUUUACUCUCCAUGGUGAAGGAUGAAACGAGGAGGAAACGAGUAGUGAAGAUAUAUGGGAUGGGUGGUCUCGGAAAAACUACUCUCGCUAGAAAGAUUUACAACCACAGAGACCUCCAAUCUUAUGCCCGAGCAUGGGUUUGCAUCACCCAACAGUUUCAACCAAAGGCCGUUUUUGUUGAUAUUUUGAAACAACUUGAUAGAAACGCAGAGGUUGGUGGCAUGGAAGAGCAAGAGCUGGUGAGAGGAAUACAUAGUUUUCUGAAGGAGAGGAAAUGUGUGGUGGUGAUUGAUGAUAUUUGGAAUAAUGAUGAUUGGGAGAUCAUAAAGCAAGCUUUUCCGGUGAAUUGUAAUGUCAUUCUCACCACUCGCUCCCAGAAUAUUGCUAAUCAAGAAUCCGAACCUCUCAAGUUGAAGUUUCUUGCACAAGAUGAAGGUUGGGCUUUACUUCAAAAAGUAGCAAAUUUAUCUCCAGACACAGAUUUAAAAUCUUUAGAAGAUGUUGGAAGAGAAAUUGUAUCAAAGUGUGAAGGGUUACCACUAUCAAUUCGUGUUAUUGGAGGGAUUUUGCGCUCAAAAGAACACAAUUUACCAGAAUGGAAAAAGGUAAAUGCGAACAUGGAAUUAUAUUUAAGGCAUGGAGAAGGUGUUGAAGAAUACAAAAGAGUAAAACAGGUGCUAGAGUUAAGCUAUGAUGCCUUGCCUUAUUAUUUGAAGCCAUGCUUCCUCUAUUUAGCAUGUUUUCCCGAGGAUCACGAUAUUGAUAUAGAGAAAUUGUAUCUAUUGUGGAUGGCGGAAGGCUUCAUUUCAUACCAAGAUAAAGGACCUAACGAGACUCUAAGAGAUGUGGCCCAAAGAUAUCUAACUGAACUUGCUAUGAGGUGUAUGGUUCAACUCCAUAAAGGUAGUUACUACUCUCCACUAAACAAGUUUGAUAAGUGUGGGCUUCAUGAUUUAAUGCAUGAUCUCUGCUCUUCUAAAGCUGAAGCCGAAGAAGAAAAGUUUCUGAAGCGCAUUGAUGCUUCUAUAUAUCUGACUGACAUUCUUUCACCAACUCAAACAAAGUUAGUAAUACCUCCAUCCUUUGGCAAUUACAAAAGCAGAUUAGCCAUCAGUUGUGACUUCGAGCGCGAAGUGUCAGGUAUAGAUGGGUUAGAGGAAGUUAAAGGUUGUGAUUACGAAGGGGGAAAGUUACCAAUCAAGGUGGGCGAACUUAUUCAUUUAAGAUACUUGAGUUUGUAUGGCUCUACGGUGGGUGAGCUACCAAAGUCUAUAUGCAACAUGCCAUACCUGCAGACCUUAGAUUUGAGAGUCCGGGAUGUAAUUAGAUUGCCAAAUGUGAUUUGUAAGAUGAAAAGACUAAAGCAUCUUUUUCUCCCAUAUCGUGACAUAGAAGUGAUCGGAGGGGAGAAACUAAGACUAGAUGGGCUACACGAGUUGGAGACAUUAGAAUGGAUCAACAGUAAGACAACUUGCAUUGCAGAUAUCCCCAAAUUGAUUAGUCUACAGAGUUUACAUGUUAGAGUUUGUGAUGUGGAUAGCAUGUCAAUUGUGCUGAGCAACAGAAAUAGCCAAUUACGUGAGACUCAUCUUCUGGUUAACUCAUGUGAUCUAAGUUCAAAGAAAGAUAUGGAGGUUUUAAAUGAGGGGUUGAUGUCUCCAUCGUUGGUUUUUUUGAGGAUGCAUGAAUGCAAUAUGAGUGGCGGUUUUCCACGCUACAAAAAAGGGAUAUGUCAGAAUUUAGUAAUUUUGGGACUAUUUAACUGCAAGGGUAAGGUAGAUGUGGAGGAGUUUGGCAAGUAUCCCAUGUUGCAAAGUCUAACUUUAUGGGACUUUGUCAAGAUGGCAGAAACAAUAACUUUCCGUUCAAAUUCAUUUCCACAACUCGAGGACCUUGAAUUAGGCGAGUUGCAAGAUUUAAAGAAAUGGGAAGUGGAAAAAGGAGCAAUGCCAAAACUUACCUCCUUGUGCAUCAUGGAGUGCCGCAAUUUGGAGAAGGUUCCAGAUGGUCUGAGAUUCUCCUCCUCUCUUCGACGGAUGGAAAUCGCGAAUAUGCCAAGAGAAUUUAUAGAGAGAGUAAAUGGAGAAGAUUAUGGGCCAUUUGUCGAGAAAAUAAUAUAUUAG